AUGGAUAAUCUAUCGCUCGCGGGGAAGCAUAAACUGGAUAUUUAUACGCUUCAAUUAUUAAAUAUCCUAGAUAGUACGCUGAUGAGACUUUUUGCUGAGCUCCCGCCGUAUUGCAUUUUUCUCUUAGAGGACGUGGAUACCGCUGGAGUGGGACGUAGAGACAGCGUCGAUGUAGCCCAAGAAAACAAGUCAAAGUUAGUAGUCACCCUAUCGGGACUUUUGAAUGUGCUUGAUGGCGUCUUAUUUUAA